AUGUUGUUGCCAUGGCAAACAAUGUUUUUCUUUCACACGUUCACGUUACAGAGAGGGAUCAUCAAUCAAAUGACUGGUACUGGUGGGGUGGAGCUCUCCGUUUUGUUCUAGCUUAGUAGACAUCCAUCUCCCAAGAUUCAAGUCUUUCAAGAAACCAAUAUACACAACUAUCAGACAGAGAUCUAUGAGAUGAAGGACUAUGUGCUACUCAGACAGCUGGGUGAUGGCACGUUUGGAUGUGUUCAUUUGGGCAAACACCGUGUGUCCGGGGAUACAGUUGCCAUUAAAAUGAUGAAGAGAGAGUACAAGGAUUGGGAUGAAUGCGUCAAUCUUAGAGAGGUUAAGUCUCUGAUGAAGCUUAAGCACCCCAACAUUGUACAGUUGAAGGAGUUGCUUCGCGAGGACAACAAACUCUACUUUGUGUUUGAGUUCAUGAAAGAGAAUCUGUACGAGGUGACCAAGAAUCGAACCACUCGGUUCCCUGAGGCUACCGUACGUAACAUUGCCUACCAGCUACUACAAGGACUCACAUACAUGCACAAACAUGGAUUCUUUCAUCGUGACCUAAAGCCUGAGAACUUGCUCUGCACAGGAGAGGUGGUCAAGAUUGCUGACUUUGGACUGGCCAGAGAGAUACGGAGCAGGCCACCUUUCACUGAAUAUGUGUCCACCAGGUGGUAUAGAGCCCCAGAGUUGUGCCUCCACUCCACCACUUACAAUUCCCCCGUUGAUUUGUGGGCUGUGGGCUGCAUCAUUGUAGAGGUGUACACUCUUAGACCACUCUUCCCGGGGAAAACUGAGCUCGAUCAACUCCACAAAAUAUGCACUAUACUAGGCACACCAGACAAGACUAUCUGGGCCGAAGGUUUGAAGCUGGCUGCGAAUAUGAACUGCAAACUCCCCUUGUAUGUGCUUACCAGCCUCACUGGUAUCAUAAAGGAAGCCUCCGCUGAUGGCAUUCAUCUCAUAUCAGAGCUGCUACAGUGGAAUCCCAAGAAAAGACCUACUUCAGCUCAAGCACUUCGUUUCAAGUUCUUUCAAGUUGGCCAAUCUCUAACCACUGCCUCACAGUCCACGACUACAGUGCACCCUCCACAACCAGUAGCACUCACUCAACAUGGCCACAACUUGAGGAGACCACCCGUCAUCAACAUGGACCUUGCUAAUCAGAUUCAUGAGCCGAUUCACAAACGAACCUCAUCAGAAAUCAGUGCUGGUAUCGAGAAUGUGAAGUCUAAAGUGCUUGGGAGGUCCAAGUUUGAGCAACAAUCUCCAGCACAUGUGCUGCCCUCGUUAGGGGGGAGGGAAGUGAACGGGAAGCAGCACAGAACCUCGUUCAACCCAGUGCUCAGGUCUAAACCACCGAUGGGCACCAUUGGACGACGAGGGACAAAGGAUAGCAUCGAUCUUGAUGAAAUUCAAGAUACUACUCAUUCCAAGAGAACUAAUCUGUCUGGAGCUGUUCAAAGCAAGCCACACCAACCCAACAAGGCAGAGGUGGCCCAGUUCUAUGUGAGCCGGGCCCGCUACUCCCCAGUGAGUGGAGGAGGCAGUGGACAAGGGACCAGUGGACAUGGCCUGGGGUUUGGCAGCAGUGCACCUAGAUGGCCACAGCAACAGAGCAGAGAACAAACCCGACCACCACGAGUGUCAGCCCAUCGUCACCAACUACCCAGCCUGGAUGCUGACAAUAAAACCAAAUAUGAGCCCUGGAAAAAGAGCUCUACUACUGGGCUAGGGAGAGGGGAAGUGUCAUGGAAACCACCACCUAGGGCUUCUAAUAAUGCCUUAUCUGGUGGAGGUUAUCAUUCGUCUGUGGCUUCUGGUCACAGAAAGGGUGGAAUACACGGCAGAACAGACUGGACAGCAAAGUAUGGAGGUGCAGCGAUAUCUAGAAACUAUUACUAGCACACAGAACACUUAUCACAAAAUAAUUAUGCUUCAAUUUUGUCAGUUCAAAUUCUUGUUACUUGAAUAUUUUUGCAAAUAAUUCUUGCAAUUGCAUUGA